AUGGAAAACACAUUCACCAAUGCCAAAAAUCUGUAUUCUCUCACCAUGGGUCGAGAUCUCAUUUCGGACAAGCAUAUUUAUUUACUCGCAAAAGCUCGUCCUUCAUUAAAGAAGCUGAAGCUCAUUGGCAACAAGGGCCAAUAUUCUGAAAUCCAUGGUGCAUUAAAUAUGCUUUUGCAAGCAUGUCAGUCGACACUGGAAGAGCUAACCUUAAGAAUGUUGCCACUCACAGACACAGAUCUGACUAUAUCUGUUGGGUUGACUAGUAUCACCUUUUGCACCCUCACAAAAAGUUGCCCUUUACUUAAAACACUUAAGAUGGCAUACUCAAAAGGAAAAGAGAUGGAUAAAUUUUCUCCAGAUUAUUUACAAGAAAACUAUCGCAUCCGACUCCUUGAUAUUUGGGACAAUAGUUGGUUGACUGAUAUGACGCUCAAGAACUUAGGGCAAGUUUGCCCAAAUCUUCAGUUCCUCGGUGUAAGUCGUUGUCUGCACCUCACCAAUUUUGGCAUUGGAGAAGUUUUGAGGAGAUACCCCGCCAUAACACAACUGCAUAUCAAUGGUCUCGAGGUUUCAGAUAUUUUUGGAUGUUGCUCUGACCAUUCUGUAGUAAAUUUGAAGAAUUUGAAAGCUCGUGGAACCCAAAUUAAUGACGAAGGAAUGGCAAUGAUUGGAAAUAGGAGUCAAAAUCUCCAAUAUUUGCACAUUGGAUACUGCAAAGAAGUGACAGAGAAGGGGUAA